AUGCAGUAUACAAAUGAGGAUGUUUUGGGCCAGGACCUAGUUGCCGAAUUUAUCUCGGAGGAGUAUAAGGUUCCCGUUCGCAGCGUGCUUGAUAAGGCUUUUGAGGGCGUGGAGACAGCGAAUUUUGAGUUUCCUCUGAUUACAAAGGCUGGUCGUCGGGUGGAAAUCUUGUUAAACGCAACACCACGGUAUAAUGAGCAUGGUGAAGUUAUGGGUAUGGUUGGUAUCGGCCAGGACAUCACAGAGCGUAUCGCACAAGAACAAGAAUACACGCGCUUAAUUGAUACUGCGAACGCUCCGAUUUUCGGUGUUGAUAUCAACGGUCAUGUAAACAUUUGGAACCGAAAGGCUGCCGACAUCAUGCAAUAUACAAAUGAGGAUGUGCUGGGCAAGGAUCUUGUCGCGGAAUUUAUUCUAAAUGAGUUUAAAGUGCCUGUGCGAAGUGUUCUUGAGAAGGCUUUUGAGGGUGUGGAGACUGCAAAUUUCGAAUUUCCGCUGAUAACAAAAGCUGGCAGACGUGUCGAGAUUUUACUUAACGCGACACCGCGCUACAACGAGCACGGUGAAGUGAAGGGUAUGGUUGGAAUUGGUCAGGACAUUACGGAGCGAAUUGCUCAGGAACAGGAGUACAGCCGUCUGAUCGAUACAGCAAAUGCCCCCAUUUUUGGUGUAGAUGCCAAUAUGUGCGUCAAUAUUUGGAAUAGAAAAGCCGCUCAGAUUACGAAUUACUCGAUUGGUGAAGUCAUGGGCGAAAAUCUAGUCGAGACUUUCAUCUCGCCUGAAUUUCGACCUAUUGUGGCUGAAGUGUUGUCGCAAGCAUUAACCGGAGUGGAAACUGCAAAUUUUGAAUUCCCACUGAUUACUCGUCCAGGUACAAGAAUUGAGAUUUUGCUUAAUGCGACUCCUCGAUACGACUUGAACGGAAACAUCGUUGGUGUCGUUGGCAUCGGUCAAGACAUCACGGAUCGCAUCGCCCAGGAGCACGAGUACUUUAGAUUGAUUGAUACCGCAAAUGCUCCGAUUUUCGGGAUCGAUACGAAUGGCCGUAUAAACGAGUGGAACCAAAAAAUUGAGGAGAUUACAGGCUAUCACAAAUCGAGCGUGUUGGGUUUGUCGCUAGUGCAUACUUUUGUCACACCUGAGUGUAGACAGCAAGUGCGUCAGCUUUUGAACCAGGCGCUGAUAGGCAUUGAUGUUGGUGAGAUGGAGCUUCCAAUGACAACAAAGCGCGGCGUUUUCCUGUUGCUGCUUGUAAACGCUUCGAGUAAAAAAGAUAUGCACGGAAAUAUACGUGGUGUCAUUGGCGUUGGACAAGAUUACACGGCAAGAAAGCACAUGGAGGCUGCUAAGGUAAAUUUCCUGGCAUCGUUUAGUCACGAGCUACGAACGCCAUUAAAUGGUGUGCUGGGCAUGUUGGAACUACUCAAAGAGCAGCCUCUAGACAAAUCAAUCGAAAGAUAUGUGCAUAUGGCGUAUGUGUCGGGAUCGCUACUCCUGAACUUAAUCAACGACAUUCUUGACUUGUCCAAGAUUGAGGCUGGACACCUUGAAAUCUCGACAGCUCCCUUCCAAAUGCAUGACUUGCUGGACUACUCGAUUGAGAUUUUUAAGUUUAAAGCGCGGGAACGUGGACUUAAGCUUGAGUUGAAAUGCGGGGAAAAUGUCCCGAAAGCCGUGAUCGGUGAUGUUGUUCGUUUACGUCAAGUGCUGCUAAACUUGUUGUCGAACGCAAUAAAAUUCACAAACGAAGGCUCUAUUACGGUUGCCUGUAGCGUCGUACACUCCCCGGAGUUGCCAGCUCAAUUUAAGAAAUUGUUGUUCCAAGUUAUUGAUACAGGAAUCGGUAUGGAUGCUGAGGAGAAAAUGCGGUUAUUCUCACUAUUCACGAAGCUGGAACGCACCCGACAAAACAACCCAACCGGUUCAGGAUUGGGUCUUGCCAUUUGUAAGCAGCUCGCUGAGCUUAUGGAUGGAUCAAUUGACGUUGACAGUGAAUUAGGCGUUGGUAGCAACUUUUUCUUUACGGUAAUCGUAAGAUUGAUUGACGAUGUGGAUCCUCAACACGCAUUUUAUUCGUCAGACGACUUUCUCAACUCAUCGACAGCGCUGCUUUCACCCCCUGGAGCAGUACGCACUGGAGACAAUGGUGAUACUGCGUCCGUGAGGAUAGAAGUUCCUAAGCACGCACGCAUCUUAGUUGUUGAAGAUAACGAAUUUAAUUGGGAAGUGGUGAAAUGCUUUCUUCAACAGGAUGACCACCUGCUUCAAUGGGAAGUGAAUGGCCGUGAUGCAGUCAAGGCAUAUACUGAAAAUCAUACGGAAUUCGAUCUGGUCUUUAUGGAUUGCGAAAUGCCAAUUAUGGAUGGAUAUGCUGCUACUACGGCGAUUCGAGCAUUUGAGCAGAAGCAAAACCUUCCCCGCAUCCCUAUUCUUGGUUUGACUGCAUAUGCAAUGAGCGGCGAUCGACAGAAGUGUCUCGAUUGCGGCAUGGAUGAGUUUAUGGUUAAGCCCAUAUCGAAACUUAGCCUUCGAAAGGCAAUCCGGCAAUGGAUGCGAAUCCGCUAUCUUGGCCAACAAAAGGCUGCACUUGAAGCUGUGGCUAGCGAAUCGGUGGCUGAGAGGUGUUUUGAGCAGCAACCUGUGACCCUACAAGGAGCCACUUUGCCCAGUGCUAAAAGCCCCAUACAGAGGAAUUCUAUGCUGUCUCCAUAUGUCCCCAGUCCCAUACCAUCUUUCGAAAGUGACCUUGAAGAUGUAACGCUUAUGGAUGUGACGUCAACUGUUCGACUUGCGCCUGCUUCUCGACACAUGCAGCAGCUGGAUCUUGCACAGGCAAUUUCAAAUUUGGAGCUUGAUGAUCCCAUGUCGAUCGGUCUCCAAAGCGGCCGAGCUGUUCGAACUGCGACGCCUACUACGUCAAUCUUCAGCUUAGGCCCCUCCGUGACCCAUACUUCCAGACAGACAAGUACGAGCGAAUUGCCGGACCUGCUCAGGUUAUCCCGAAACUCAAGCGGUGCUUCAACAGUAAGUCCACCAGAGCCAGAGAAACCACCAUCUGAAACAUCUGCUACGCUACCUUAUGUGAAAACACCCUUCGUUGAAGGGUUAAGUAGCCCAAUACAACAUGGAAUGCGCGCCGCAUUGCCAGCAAACCCAACUCUAUGGAGCCACCCACCGUUUUAUUCGGGGGAUAUGCUCUCUGGACAACAAGAGGCGUGGUCUAGUUUCGAGCCUCAGAAGAAGGUUAGCUUCCACGAAGAAGUUGACUAUGAGUCGACUCGCCCCAGUAGAGGCGGAUGUAGCGGUAGCAGCAGCAGUGGUAUACCCUUUGCUUUGAAGCGCAUCGAAAGUGGCGAAUCAGUGGACGACGAGAUGCCCGCUGUGUCUAGCGCUCAAAGCAAAUUUACUCUUUCCCACUCCAUUGAUCCGAUGACCAUCAAGAUUCCAGAAGGAGACCCUGUAAACUACACAUUGGGAGUGGACCAGUGCGGAGGACACGAAGAGCUUUUUUUGACCCUUUUAAAAAAGUUUGCCACGACGUCGGAGGCAAUCACAUCUCGGGUCAUGAAGGCCCACGAACUGAAUGACUUUGUCACUGCGCGCCGCGAAGCACAUUCACUGAAAGGGUCGUCUGCUUAUGUUGCUGCUCUUCGUAUGUCAAAGUGUGCUUUCCGCGUUCAAGUUGCCUUUGAACAUUUAAUGGCUCAGCAAGCAACCGGUGAAGGCUCCGACACUUUGGCAGCGAAGCAGAUCGUGGACGACUCGGUUGAGCUCCUUGCAAGAGAACAACGAUUACUGCGUGGAUAUCUCCGUCGCAACUUCGAGUUUGAUAAUGGAGCAGAAUCGCCGCAAAAAAUGUCAGGCCAAGAGCUUGAUAAUCAAGACAAACAAACUAGCCAAUGCAUUCUCAUGUGA